AGUCGUGAUCCACUCUCCCCUCUUGUGUCCCCAUCCGGACGACCGACCUUUACUCCGUCAUCUCGCAUCCGUCACCACCUACCACCGGCGCUGUCGCCGGUGGCCUCUCCAGCGGCACGCCUCCGAGUUCCCGACGCCGCCCACCUCACUGUCGAACAUGGCCUCGCCGGCGCCGGUUUCGGCCUCGCCGGGGUCCUCCUCUCAGAAAAAACGAGGUGCAACGGAAUCAAUUGGCCUGUAUGCUGUCCAGUGUUGUGAAUGUCAUAAAUGGCGUACAGUUUCAACGAAAGAUGAAUUUGAGACAAUUCGUGAGAACUUCACUGAGGACCCAUGGUUCUGCAAUAAAAGACCAGAGUGCUCGUGUGAAGACCCUCCAGACAUUGAGUACGACAGCAGCCGCAUCUGGGUCAUCGACAAGCCCAACAUACCAAAGCCUCCGCCCAAGACCGAGAGACUUGUGAUCAUGAGAGGUGACCUGUCCAAAAUGGACAUCUACUACGUCCUGCCAAAUGGGAAGCGUGCAAGGGGCAUCGGGGACGUGCAAAAGUUCCUCGACACAAACCCAGAGUACAAAGACCAGAUAUCAGCUGAAAGCUUCAGUUUUACGGUGCCCAAGAUUGUCGAGGAGACCGUUUCACAGAGCUCUUUGUGGAAGACUAAAAAGGCUAAAAAGCAGGACAAGACAAAGGCUUCAAGCAGCAAGAAGGACAAGGCAAAUGCUUCAGGCAGCGAGAACUAGCCACAGCAGUAAAUGAAAAACUGUUUGCAUGCCUGCUUGGAUGAUCCUACCUCAUCGACCUUGAAGUUAGUCAUCACUCUCUGUGAUGUUACUCUGAGCACUCCAAUGCACUGAAUCUCUUCCUUUUUAUGCAUGAGCUUCUGGUAAAAUUCCGAGAUGCUCGAGAAGGGCUGUAGUUUUUCUUUUUUCUUUUAAUAAACUAGCUCUAGUUACAGAUGUCGUUGAGUUGCCAUCCUCCGUGAUACACUGUUUUCGAGGAUGUUUGUUUUUCAGUGCACAAGCAUAUGCAUGGACAGCUCAUUAGAAAGCAGCUGAAGCUAGGGUGUUAACUCUGCCAUGGUUUGAUUUGAUUUCCUUCAGUAGUGUGAAAGCUAUAUAUGACAGUUGCUACCCAUCA